UUGCCACCGUUCAGGCCCGGCUGCCGGGUGAGGAGGAGCCAAGGCGGGGUUGCCAGAAAGAGGGCAAGGCCCGAGCCUUCUCUGUUGCCGGCAGACGCCACCUUUUUUUCCCGACGUCCCUCUUUGCGGCGAACCUGUCCUCCGGUCGGCAGCCGCCGCUUCGCCGCUCGGGGUUGCGCUCGCCCUUUCUCGUUCUUGCUGCGCCGCCAUGGCCGUCUACAGCAAGUUCCUCACCGCGCGCUACUCCACCAUGGCCGGCACCGCCGCUGCCGCCUGCGCCUUGUUCUGCCUGCUCAGAAAGCGGCGGAAAGCAGCCGCUGCCGCCUUGCACGGAAAGAAAAAUGGAAAAAAUUUAUCCAACAAUGAGAAAGAAGUCAAGAAAGAGCGAGCGGUAGUAGAUAAAGUAUUUAUUGCAAGAAUUUGUCGAAUUCUGAAAAUUAUGGUCCCCAGGACAUUUUGUAAAGAGACAGGUUAUUUGAUACUUAUUGCCAUUAUGUUGGUACUUCGCACAUAUUGUGACAUCUGGAUGAUUCAUAAUGGAACAGUUAUCGAGAGUGCAAUCGUUAGCAGGAAUCUGUCGCUAUUCAAGAAUUUCUUUCUUAAAUUUGUAGUUUCCAUUCCACUGAUUUCCCUAGUGAAUAACUUCUUGAAAUAUGGACUAAAUGAACUUAAGUUGUGUUUCCGUGUCCGACUUACCAAGUAUCUUUAUGAUCAGUACCUACAGAGUUUCACAUUCUACAAAAUGGGCAAUCUAGACAACAGAAUAGGCAAUCCUGAUCAACUACUUACACAAGAUGUUGAAAAAUUUUGUAACAGUGUAGUGGACCUAUAUUCAAACCUCAGCAAGCCAUUUUUGGAUAUUGUUCUAUACAUCUUCAAACUAACAAGUGCAAUAGGAGCACAGGGCCCUGCUUCCAUGAUGGCCUACUUGAUUUUUUCAGGCUUUAUCCUUACACGCUUAAGAAGACCUAUUGGUAAGAUGACAGUUACAGAACAAAAAUACGAAGGCGAGUAUAGAUACGUCAAUUCACGGCUCAUUACAAACAGUGAGGAAAUUGCAUUUUAUAAUGGGAAUCAAAGGGAAAAACAGACAAUUCACAAAGCUUUUCACAAAUUGGUAGAGCACUUGCACAAUUUCAUUUUGUUCCGGUUUACAAUGGGCUUCAUAGACACCAUUAUUGCUAAAUAUCUUGCAACCGUAGUUGGCUAUUUAGUUGUUAGCCACCCAUUUCUAAACUUGUCUCAUCCUCGUCAUCAGAAUAGUACCCAUGCUGAACUUUUGGAGGAUUACUACCAAAGUGGAAGAAUGCUACUGAGAAUGUCUCAAGCCCUUGGCAGAAUAGUUCUAGCUGGUCGUGAAAUGACUCGAUUGGCUGGCUUCACAGCUCGAAUUACAGAAUUAAUGCAAGUUCUGAAGGAACUAAACAGUGGGAAAUAUCAACGAACCAUGCUAACACAAGACAAAGAAUUAGAUCUAAAGCAAGCUACCCCGUUGAUCCCUGGUACAGGACAGAUUGUCAUAACAGAUAACAUUAUCAAAUUUGAUCAUGUUCCAUUGGCCACACCAAAUGGCGAUAUGCUGAUUAAAGAUCUCAACUUUGAGGUGCAAUCUGGUGCAAAUGUUCUUAUUUGUGGGCCAAAUGGAUGUGGAAAGAGUUCUCUCUUCCGUGUCCUUGGUGAAUUGUGGCCUUUGUUUGGCGGCUGUCUAACUAAACCCGAGAGAGGAAAGUUGUUUUAUGUUCCCCAGAGACCAUAUAUGACACUUGGGACAUUGAGAGACCAAGUAAUUUAUCCAGACACUAUAGAAGAUCAAAAAAGGAAAGGCAUCACUGACCAGGUGUUAAAGGAAUACUUAGAUAAUGUCCAGCUGGGUCAGAUCUUGGAACGUGAAGGAGGCUGGGAUAGCAUUCAAGACUGGAUGGAUGUUCUCAGUGGAGGAGAAAAACAGAGAAUGGCGAUGGCUAGAUUGUUCUACCAUAAACCCCAGUUUGCCAUUCUGGAUGAAUGUACGAGUGCCGUUAGUGUUGAUGUGGAGGGAUACAUCUACAGCCAUUGUCGGAAAGUUGGCAUCACUCUCUUCACUGUUUCUCACAGAAAAUCACUUUGGAAGCACCAUGAUUUUUAUCUUCACAUGGAUGGAAGAGGCAACUAUGAGUUCAAGAAAAUUACUGAAGAAACCGUUGAGUUUGGUUCAUAACUCCCAUCUCCAGCCAUCCCCAGCCGUGACUGUUAACAACACUGGACUUGGAAAACGUACAUUGUGGUGUAACAAAGCUACUUGACUUACUUUUAAAUUGAUUACUAGGAAUACGAUAACAAGCUGUCAGUACCUUUAUUAUUAUGUAGAAUACUACUAAUUUGUGUUCAUGUUGGUUUAAUUAUUAAUAUGCUCUAAGAAUGUUCUUGUUCUUGUGUUUUUUUUUUUAAAAAAAUCUGCCUAAAUUAAAUUGGGCUUAAAUCACUGAAAUGUUGAUUCAUCCUGGGAUGUAAACAGUCUGAAGUCAACUAAUUUGACUUCUGUUUGACCAUACUUCCUCUGGGGAAGGCCCUUAUUCAAAUUAGAUUCACUACCUCUUCUGUAUCCAUUAUAACAGGUAUGAAUUUCUAUGUCAUCAUCCUAAUAUAUCAGUUCAUUAUAUGUACUCUUUUCAGGAUAGGGUUUGUUAUAUUACUGUAACAUAGUUACAGGGCAAUUGGCCUUUAUGUUAGCAGUGGCUGUGGAGACAGUCUCCUUCCAGCAAUAUGCUGUAUUCAUGGGAGAAAAGACCCUUAGAAUUUCUUUGCAAAAAGAUAAACUCCAUCCAACAUCCUCUGGCCAUUGCCGGACACUACCCUUCAAUCCUGUCUUUCGAUUUUUUCCCUGCUCAGCGCAAAUAAAAUAACAAUAUUUCAUUUGACCUUUAUAUUCCAAUUUCAGAAGGACAGAUAAGAGGAAUGAGAAUGGGGGAAAAAAAUAAAGAAGAAAGAAAUAAAAUAAUUCCCAAAUCCUUGUCAUGGAAUAAAGAUCAUGGACAUUCUCACUUAUGAGAGGUCUGAUCUCUUUGUAAUUUGUAGAAUGUAGUGUGCAAGUGCGAAAUGAAAUGCGAUACAUAUCUGCCACAAGGAUUUGGAUUUUUCAGAGAAGGUAUUUGCUUUUUGUACCUGACAUGUAGGUCUGUAAUAUGUGAUUUAAAAAAAAAAAAAAAGGAAUGUAAACUUAAGUAAUGCCAGAGAUACAGCAGUUCAGAGUCACCAAGAAACAGUUCAGAAUCUUUUAGAACUAUUUUAUAGUUAUUACUUGAAGAAUUGUUUGGCUUCCUGUCAAUUACUUUUAUAAAAACAACAUAACUGCUUAACUAUAAAUAAGCAUUUUUGAAACAAGUAUGUGAUAAAACUUACACAUGAUGAUUAUAAAUUAUUAUCCAGAUUUAUUGACAUAGAUGGGACUGGAAGAUGUGAGUUGGUUAAUCUGGCUAUGUAAUUGAUUACCAUUCUUCUAACAAAUCUUUAAAAGCUGUAUGACGUGAUUUUGUCCUUUUAAUAUAAUAUCCACAUGCACUUAACAUGAUGGCAAGCACUACAUGGAAAAUAAAUGUGGUUGGUUUCCCCCCCACUCUUUGCUUAAAAUCAGCAUUUCUUCUUAAUGAUUAGUCAAUCAUUAAUUAUCCCUCUUUCAUGGGAAAUCUGGAAUUUGUCAAACUUCCAAAUAGUUCAUCAGAUUUGGUAUUUUUCCAAAAAGCCGGGGUUUUUAAAUGUGUUUUCAUGUUUGCUUUGGCUAAAUGGGUGGAGAGUUGGGUUAGGAUAAAUUAUCUGAGAAAUGCAAAAAUAAAUGUUAAAUAACUAUUUAUGAGUUUACAGACAAUGCAUCAGGACAUAUCAUAAUCUGAAACAAGCAUUCCAAGCAGCAAGACUCUGAUACCAAUUUAGCAUAAAUCAAUUGCUUGGAAUGGUUGUUUCAGCUUGGAUGGAAAUCUGACAUCAGGAAUAAACAAAGCUCUGACUUGAAUUUGGUUGCCACGUUUCUGGUGAAAACUUCUUUUUCCAUAUAUGAUCUUUUUCUUUUCUUUUUUUGUGCGGCUAUUCUACUGAGACUAGCUUUCUCAAGAAAUUCCUAUUUAAAAAACCUGCUAUUAAAAUAACAUAUAUAUCCUUUUACAGGAAAUCUGGGCUACAAGUGAGUAAUAGUCAAAAAUGGCAUGUAUGUUUUUGUUACUAACUGGAAAGCACCCUAAACCAUAUAGCAUCUUUUGUAGAAAAUCCAGGAUUGCUUAAUAGCAACAUUUUUCAUAGAGUGGGACAUUGCAUUGCUUGGGAAGUAGAGCUAAUUGUUUACUCUCCCAUCUCCCUUCAGCCACCAUAACCCUAUAAAAUCUUCUCUGAAUCCAGAAGAUUCUGAGGGAUAUAUGCUGUUGGGAAGGCCUCCACAUUCUUUGAACAAAAAAGCAUUUCUACUUAUCGGAAACUCUCCAAUGAAUUUUACCCACUGGGCACAAUUUUUAAAAAUGUUACCUCUCAGACGGAGCUGAUUAACUUCAGUAACUAUUAAUCAGUGAUACCGGUUGAUUUACUUCUGUGCUACAUGAAACCCUAAUGGGAAAUGGUGAUUUUGGAUGACCUUCAUUAAGCUCAGGCUUCAUACUUUUAUUCAGAGUGCAUCAAAAAUCAACCUGCCCCAUGAGAGAACUAGUAUGAAGGUAAAAGUAACCAGAGCAGUGCUCAAGGGGACAAGAGUUGUUAAAGUUAUCCUUUUCGUCUGUAAUGAUUCAAAGGUUAUGCAAAAUGAUCCACAAAUCAGCCAUGAUGGUCUUGUCAUGGUCAUAUGUUUUGAUUGAUACUGUUAACGAUUUAUUAAACUCGAAAUGUUGGUAUAUUGUAAAAGUCCGCAAGAAUGAAGCAUCGCCAUACUUUAUACCACAUUUAACCUGGUAGUAUUUUGUACUGUAGUUGAUCACAAGAGACUCUGGUUUCGGUGGGAAAUAAUUGCAGUAAUUUGUUAUUUUAUAGCUUGUAAAGUCAAUUAGAAGGAAAGGCAUAUGUAUGAUUUUUCUAUAUAAGUGCCUCUGGAUAAUAAAAUUGAAACAUAUAA